GGGGGGUGGGGGGGGUUCACCACAAACAUAUUCAUAAGGCUUGAAGGAAUGGCCACCGCGGCGUCCAAUCCUUAUCUGGCCAGCAAUAGCAUCCUAUCGUCCGGCUCCAUCGUGCACUCGGACUCGGGAGGCGGCGGCAUGCAGCCGGGCAGCGCUGCUGUCACCUCGGGCUCGGGGGGCUACCGAGGCGACCCCUCCAUCAAGAUGGUGCAGAGUGACUUUAUGCAAGGCGCCAUGGCGGCCAGCAACGGGGGGCACAUGCUGAGCCAUGCCCACCAGUGGGUGACCUCGCUCCCGCACGCCGCCGCCGCCGCCGCCGCAGCCGCCGUAGCCGCGGCCGAAGCCAACUCGCCCUGGUCGUCGAGCCCGGUCGGCAUGAGCGCCAGCCCGCAGCAGCAGGAGGUGAAGAACGCCGCCAGGGACGACCUCCACACGGGCACGGCGCUGCACCACCGGGCGCCGCACCUAGCGCACCAGACUCACACUUGGGGCAGCACCGCGGCGGCGCAUAUUAACUCCAUUUCCGGCGGGCAGCAGCAGCAGCAGCAGCAGCAGUCGCUCCUCUACUCCCAGCCGGGGUUCACCGUCAACGGCAUGCUCAGCCCCGGGAGUCAAAGCCUGGUGCACCCGAGCCUGGUGCGCAACGACGCCGCGGACCUGGACCACGGCAGCCACCACCACCACCAGCAGCACCACCAGCACCACUCGCACCACCAGCACCACGGCGGCGUGAGCAGCAGCAGCCACGACCCGCACUCGGACGACGACACGCCGACCUCGGACGACCUGGAGCAGUUCGCCAAGCAGUUCAAGCAGCGGCGGAUCAAACUGGGCUUUACGCAGGCGGACGUGGGCCUGGCGCUGGGCACGCUGUACGGCAACGUCUUCUCCCAGACCACCAUCUGCAGGUUCGAGGCUCUGCAGCUCAGCUUCAAGAACAUGUGCAAGCUGAAGCCGCUGCUGAACAAGUGGCUGGAGGAGGCCGACUCCACCACCGGCAGCCCCACCAGCAUCGACAAGAUCGCCGCGCAGGGCCGCAAGCGCAAAAAGCGCACGUCCAUCGAGGUGAGCGUCAAGGGCGCGCUGGAGAGCCACUUUCUCAAGUGUCCCAAGCCCUCCGCCCAGGAGAUCAGCGGCCUGGCGGACAACCUGCAGCUGGAGAAGGAGGUGGUGCGGGUGUGGUUUUGCAAUAGGAGGCAGAAGGAGAAGCGGAUGACGCCGCCAGGAGUGGCGCAGACGCCGGAGGAUGUGUACUCUCAGGUCGGCAAUGGGCAUUUUUUAGUAGAUUACUUAAAAGAUGCAAGUGAGGCCAGCGACCAGAGGGUGACAACCACAAGUUCAUUCCACCAGGUAAUUUUGGCGCAUUGAGAACACACCAAGAGACCCCCCCAGCACCACCAAGUGUUAUUAUUAUUAUUAUUAUUAUUAUUAUUAUUACUAUUAUUAUUAUUAUUAUUAUCAUUACUGCCAUGCCCCUCUCUUUCCUACCCUGCAAAACAACCGUGUGUGUGUUCAAUUGACACAAAAGGCCAAGCUUUUAUUUUUGUUAAUUUUUUUUAAUGCAUUUAAACAAACAAAAUGCAAAACAACAACUCUUCCUUUUUGGUUUUCUCAUCCACAAGCGAAGGAUCAGGGAUUUUUUUCUCUCUCUCCAAAAACGAACAAAAAGACUGAAAAAUUCCCUUCAGAUCUCAAAGAUCUCACCCCCCUCAACCUCAACCCCCAUGGCUUUUAUUUUUGUAUUAUUUAAAGGACGUCGUGAUGGAUUUUUCGUCUCCAUUUUUUUUUUUUUUUUGGGGGGGGGUUAUUCCAACAAAAGACAUUUUUUGGAAAAAAGACUUCAUGAAGCUGCACUUAUUUGCGAAAGGGAAGAAAACAAAACGUGUGUUGCCAGGUGUGACUGAGUAUGGACGUACUAUUAAUAAUAAUAAUAAUAAUAAUAAUAAUAAUGCUGCCCUUUCUACGCAGUGUUCUUUGCUAGGUUUUAAUAAACACAACUCUGUAAAAAAAAAAAAAAAAAAAAAAAAAAUCGGCAAUAUAGAUCACUAGAUCCGAAUUAUUGUCUUUAUAUUUUUCAUCAGGAUGAUUUCUUUGGAUAUUUUAUGUGGAAUAGAUUAUUCCAAAACGGUAAUUUAUUUGUCU